UACUACCAUCACGUGACCCUGCAUUUCUACAACACCCCCUUUCUCUCUCAUGAAUCAUAAUAUCUAGGAGACCUCAUUGUCUCUCUGUCUUAUGUCUGUUAGAGACUUAGAGGUAGAGAUAGAGAGAGAAGAGAAAGCGAAAACAGAGAAAAGCAAAGCUAUCUCCUUUUCCUUCCCACUGUCUUUCUCAGGGCUUUCACCUCUCUCUGUAGUUCUGUAGAGAGAGAGGCUGUGUUUGUGUGUUGGUAUAAGUAAGAAAUGCAGCAGCACCUGAUGCAGAUGCAGCCCAUGAUGGCAGCCUAUUAUCCCAACAACGUCACUACUGAUCACAUUCAACAGUAUCUGGAUGAAAACAAGUCAUUGAUUCUGAAGAUUGUUGAGAGCCAGAAUUCAGGGAAACUCAGUGAAUGUGCAGAGAAUCAAGCAAGGCUACAACGAAACCUCAUGUAUUUGGCUGCAAUUGCUGAUUCUCAACCCCAACCACCUACGAUGCAUGCCCAGUUCCCUUCCAGCAGCAUGAUGCAGCCAGGAGCACACUACAUGCAGCAUCAACAAGCUCAACAAAUGACACCACAAUCCCUGAUGGCUGCACGAUCUUCCAUGCUGUAUACUCAACAGCAGUUUGCAGCACUGCAACAACAGCAAGCCUUGCACAGCCAGCUUGGCAUGAGCUCUGGCGGAAGCUCAGGACUUCACAUGCUGCAAAGUGAGGCCAGUACUGCAGGAGGCAGCGGAGGGCUUGGGGCUGGAGGAUUUCCUGAUUUUGGCCGUGAUGCUGGUGGCAGAGGCAUGGCAUGUGGAAGUAAGCAAGAUAUUGGGAGUGCAGGGUCUGCCGAAGGGCGAGGAGGCAAUUCUGGAGGCGGGGGCAGUGAUGGAGGUGAAACUCUUUACUUAAAAUCGGCUGAUGAUGGGAAUUGAGAGGGGAAACAGUGAAAAAGAAAAUGGGAAGGACUUGUUCUUUAGAAAACUUGUUGUAUGAUGCAAAGGGAAAAAGACCUGAUCCCGAAACCUUGGUCUUGGUUGUUUUAAUGUGGUUAGUCUAUGAGUCUUGCUAGUUUAUCAUGUAAAUUUGUAGGUUAUAUUCUGUUUUGCUUUGUUCUUCAUCACUUUGUCUGUUGAGAUUAUGUUGGUAUUUAUGGGCAGGUCUACUAUCUUUUGAGUGUUA